CAGGCCUCGUGCGCGCAACUCUCCCACGACAGCAGGCGCAGAGCAGCGCCGUGGAGCCGCCAUGAACUCGUCCCUCCCCACCUCGUCGGCCAUCCAGAGCGUCGAGUUUGGCUUCUUCUCGGCCCAAGACGUGCGCUCGCUCUCGGUCAAGCGCAUCACCAACCCGACCACCUUCGACUCGCUGCUGCACCCCGUGCCCGGCGGUCUGCACGAUGCUGCCCUGGGCGCCUUCCUCGACAAUGCCUGCGCCACAUGCGGCCUGACGACAAACUUUGGCUGCCCCGGCCACUGCGGCCACAUCGAGCUGCCCGUGCCCGUCUACCACCUCACCUUCAUGGACCAGCUGCUGCGCCUGCUGCGCGGCAAGUGCGUCUACUGCCACCACUUCAAGCUCGCCCGCGUGCGCAUCAACGAGUACGUCUCGCGCCUGCGCCUGAUCCGCUGCGGCCUGGUGAGAGAGGCCAACGAGAUGCACGAGCACAUCGACAUCAACAAGGGCAAGACGGGACCUCGUGAAGUCGACGAGUCUGAGUCGGACGACGAGAAUGAGGACAUCAUCGGCCAGCGGAACAACUACGUCAAGCGCUGCAUGAAGCGGGCCGGCAUCUCCAAGCACGACGCGAGGUCCGUCAAGGAGAAGAACGACACCAUUGCCGACGCCCGCCGACAGGUGCUGAAGGAGUUCUACGACCAGACUGUCUCGACGGGGAAGAGGUGCAAGAACUGCCAGGGCCUCAACCCAAACUACCGCAAGGACCGCGGCAUCAAGAUCUUCCGCAAGAACCUGAGCGCAAAGGAAAAGGCACAGAUGGCCCAGGCCGAGAAGCGCUUCCAGAACCCACUCGACAUUCUCGCGCGGCGGGAGGCAAAGGCCAAGAAGCAGCAUGUCCACGCCGACGAGGGAGUGGCCGAUCUGGAUCCAGCCUCGGAAGAAGACGAGGGCAUCGAGAUGGACGUCGACGACGGCUCACUUGUCGCCUCCGAGGCCAGGACUGCCACCAAGACGAGAACCACAGUCGAUGCCGCCGACAGCUCGCAGGAGUACAUUACGACUGCUGAAGUCAAGGCCGCUAUAACGCUGCUCUUCGAGAACGAGACCGAGAUGGUGCGUCUGCUAUACAGUCCCUAUGGGACUAGGUCGCUCCUCGACGUCACCCCCGACAUGUUCUUCAUGGAGGCUGUUGUUGUGCCGCCCAACAGAUACAGAAUGGAAGACAAAACCGGAGACUCGAUUGCCGAAUCACCCAAGAACACUCUCUACAAGGGCAUCCUGAACGCCUGCGACUCGAUGCGCCAGAUCAGCAACGAGAUGAAGGGCCAGGAGAAUGAAGCAGGAUACAGGCGCCGGAAUUUUGACGACCUGCAAACCACCUGGGUCAACCUUCAGGGAUCUGUGAACGCUCUGAUCGACCGCGAUGCGAACCCUGUCCAAGGCCGAGCUGGACUCACAAAUGCCGACGGUAUCAAGCAGCAUCUCGAGAAGAAGGAGGGUCUUUUCCGGAAGAACAUGAUGGGAAAGCGUGUCAACUUUGCCGCGCGUAGUGUCAUUUCGCCUGAUCCAAACAUCGAGACCAACGAGAUCGGUGUGCCGCCAGUGUUUGCUAUGAAGCUGACCUACCCCGAGCCCGUCACAAACCACAACUUCUACGACAUGAAGGAAGCCGUGCUCAACGGUCCAGACAAGUGGCCUGGAGCGCAUGCGAUUGAGAACGAGUUUGGCCAAGUCAUCAACUUGAAGAAGAAGAACUACGAAGAACGACUAGCUCUAGCCAAUCAACUCCUCGCGCCUUCCAGCUCCUACUCAAACGGGUCGAAGAACAAGAAAGUGCAUCGUCACUUGAACAAUGGCGACAUGGUGAUUAUGAACCGACAGCCGACACUGCACAAGCCUUCCAUGAUGGCGCAUCGAGCACGUGUACUGCCCGGCGAGAAGACGAUUCGUAUGCACUACGCCAACUGCAACACGUACAAUGCCGAUUUUGAUGGUGACGAGAUGAACAUGCAUUUCCCACAAAACGAACUUGCCCGUGCUGAGGCUAUGACUAUCGCCGAUACAGACCAUCAGUAUCUCUCUGCGACAGCCGGAAAGCCUCUGCGUGGUCUUAUUCAGGAUCAUAUUUCCAUGGGAGUCUGGCUCACGAACAAGGACACCUUCUUCACAAGAGAGGAAUACCACCAGCUCAUGUAUUCGUGCUUGCGACCAGAAGACGGCCAUACCACCUCUGGCAGACUUGAAACCGUCGACCCCGUUAUCUGGAAGCCUCAACCGUUGUGGACAGGAAAACAGAUCAUCAGCACGGUCUUGAAGAACAUCAAGCCUGAGGAGUUCCAGGAGUUGACUCUCACUUCCAAGUCGUCUACCAACGGCAAGCUGUGGGGCGCCAAAAGCGAAGAGCAGACAGUCAUCGUCAAGGAUGGGCAACUGCUCUGCGGUAUCUUAGACAAGAGCCAGAUUGGUCCAGCAGCAGGUGGAUUGAUCAACGGCAUCUACGAGGCCUACGGUGAGACAAUAGCUGGGCGAGCUCUUUCAAUCAUCGGUCGCCUGCUCACCAAGCUGCUUCACAUGCGUGCAUUCUCUUGCGGUGUAGAGGAUCUCAUUCUUACAGAAGCGGGUGACAGGGCACGAUUAGAAAACCUCAGGGCUGCAGAGAAGCUGGGUUUGGAGGUUGCUUCGAAAUACGUUACACUGGACUCAGAUCAAAUUGAUUCCAAAAACCCAGAACUACGCAAGCGCCUGGAACAGGUUUUGCGAGACGAUUCUAAGCAGCAUGGCCUGGAUCUCCUGGCUAACAGCGCGACUGCAAAGGUUUCUUCGGCGGUUACUUCUGCCUGCUUGCCGGAGAAGCUCAUCAAGCUCUUUCCUAAGAACCAGAUGCAAGCCAUGACAGGCUCUGGAGCGAAGGGUAGUUUGGUCAACGCUAACCAGAUUUCGUGUAACCUUGGUCAGCAAGUUUUGGAGGGUCGUCGUGUCCCUGUCAUGGUCAGUGGUAAAACGCUGCCAUGCUUCAAGCCCUACGAGACAAGCGUUCGUGCGGGUGGAUACAUUGUCAAUCGUUUCUUGACUGGUAUUCGGCCGCAAGAGUACUACUUCCAUAUGAUGGCUGGUCGUGAAGGUCUUAUUGAUACCGCGGUCAAGACUUCUCGCUCUGGUUAUUUGCAGCGUUGUAUCGUCAAGGGCAUGGAGGGACUUAAGGUCGAGUACGACACAUCGGUCCGCGACUCCGAUGGCACCAUGGUACAAUUUCUGUAUGGCGAAGACGGCCUCGACACCACGAAGCAGAAGUACCUCAACGACUUCACGUUCCAGGCUCAGAACUUCUACUCGUUGGCUCAAUCGCUGCAGACGCAAGAAGCCUUCGGUCGAGUGUUUAGCAAAGAGGCUGCUGAUCACAACAAGAAGGCCGCGAAGAAGGCUAAGAAGGGCGAUGUUGUGUCUAUUGAUCCAGUAUUGUCUGUAUACAUGCCUUCUCGCCACUGUGGUAGUACAUCGGAGAAGUUCUUCCACGCCAAGAAAGAGUACGUUGACAACAACCCUGACAAGCUUUUGAAGAAGAAGAAUCAAGAUGUUGACGGUGAACAUCUCAUCAAGAGUUUCAACCAGAUGCUGGAUCUCAAGUACCUCCGAUGUCUCGUCGAGCCGGGUGAAGCUGUCGGUGUUGUGGCCGGGCAGUCCAUUGGUGAGCCCUCUACCCAGAUGACGCUCAACACCUUCCAUUUGGCUGGUCACUCAGCGAAGAACGUCACCCUCGGUAUCCCCCGACUGCGAGAAAUCGUCAUGACGGCGUCGUCAAACAUCUCUACACCUAGCAUGCAGCUGUACCCACAUACAGAGCUCUCGAAGGAAGACAAUGAGAAGUUCGCGAAGAGUAUCACUCGUCUUCCGCUCUCUGCUGUACUUGACAAGGUCACCGUUACCGAAACCUCUGGUCCUGGUGCUCAGUUCGGUCAGGCAAGGAGCUACAAGAUCCGCCUGAACUUCUACCCCGCGAAAGAAUACACCCAAGAAUACGCUAUAAAGGUUCGCGACGUCGCUGAAUCGAUCGAGCAGAAGUUCUGCCCACGUCUUCAGAAGGUCGUCCGAGCGGAUCUAAAGAAGAAGGGCGAGAACAAAUCAUUGUCCACAGCCAACUCAGCAGCCAUCCCCACCAUUGGAGAGUCUUCUGGCGCGAUUGAACAACAGGUUGUCCGCCAAUCCGACGCCGCAGUCGACAGAGAAGGCGGCCCUGAAGAUGAUGACAGCGACGAUGGUGAGGGUGAGAACGACACGACGCACGCCAAGGAGCGCGGCCGCCGCGAAGACAGCGUUGGCUACGAGGAGCCAGAGGAGGAAGAGCAAGCCUUCAACGCGAACCUCGAUGCGCAAGAAGCUAGCGAUGAAGACGAGACGUACGGCGGCAGCCCCAAGCCCUCGCGCGCCACAACGCCUGAUCCCGCCGACGAUGACAUGGACGAAUCAAUGCUCAUUCCCACCGACGAAGCCUCAGAUGUUCGUCGCGAGCGGAUAUGCAACAAGAACGCCGACAUCUUCAACUUCUCCUUCGACGACCGCAAAGGCGCGUCGUGUGAGAUCACAUUCGAAUUCCCCGCCUCUGCCCCCAAACUACUCAUGCUGCACCACGUCGAAGCCGCCGCAGACUUCGCAACCAUCCACGUAAUCCCCGGCAUCACAAAAGCCACCGUCGUCACCGACGACACAACAAAAGAACCCAUGAUCGUCACCGACGGCUCCAACCUGCUCGCCAUGCGCGACUUCCCCCACAUCAUCGACGUCAACCGCGUCCUCACAAACGACAUCGUCGCCAUGCUGCACCUGUACGGCGUCGAAGCCUGCCGCGCCACCAUCGUCCGCGAAAUGCACGCCGUCUUCAGCGGCCACGGCAUCUCGGUCGACCUGCGCCAUCUGAAUCUCAUCGCUGACACCAUGACAAAGGGUGGUGGUUUCACGCCCUUUAACCGCAUCGGCCUGCGCGGUAAUGUCAGUCCGUUCAUGAAGAUGAGCUUCGAGACGACGGUGGGCUUCCUCAAGGAUGCUGUCCUCGAGCGCGAUUGGGAUGAUCUACGGAACCCUAGUGCGCGCAUCGUCGUCGGCAGACUGGGCGCCGCGGGUACCGGCGCGUUCGACGUGCUUGCCCCCGUGCAUGUCGUGGAUCCGCUGAAGAUGGAGUUGGGCGAUGUGAAGAGCGGGGUCGAGGAGGAAGUGGGUAAUGCGGUUGAGCAGGAUGACGAGAGCGAUGUUAGUAUGGCGGAUGUGUAGGCAGGCAGAUAUGCGCUAUCUCGCCAUGUCUGGUUGGUGAAGCGACGUGAUUUCUUGACGUAUUUCGGGCGUUAUAUAGGCUUGCAUGGGGAGGUGUUCAUGGCGAGUCAAUGUG